UAAUUGAUAUUGAUAAUUCAAUAAAAAUGAAUUAAUUAAGUAAUUCGAAGGCGCUGAGAAGUAAAACGAGACAAAGAGUGACGUAAAGUUAAUGUGACGGGUGCAGAGUGAAUGAUGGACUUUGCACACUGAUCUUCAGGUAACACCAUGGUAAAGAAGCUGCUUGUAGACGUAGAUUGUGGAGUGGAUGAUGCCCAGGCUAUCAUGAUGGCUUUGGCGGUGCCGGAUGUGCAGAUCCUUGGCAUCACCUGUGUUCAUGGCAACGUCUCUGUAGAGAACGUGUGCAAAAACGUCCUACGUGUCCUGAAAGUAUGUGACCAGAUGGAGAUUCCUGUAUUUAGAGGGGCCUCAAAACCACUUCUCGGGGAUGUCCUAACUGCUUCGCAUUUCCAUGGUAUUGAUGGGCUUGGCGAUGCUCCAGACCCGAAUGCUCCAGGUGAGGAACUAGCACAAGAGGAGGGAGCUGUGUCAGCCAUCAUCCGCAUCAUUGAUGAGCAUCCAGGAGAGGUAUCUAUAGUGGCCACAGCUCCUUUGACUAACCUAGCAUUGGCAGUAAGAUUGGAUCCCACUUUGCCACAGAAGCUGAAAAGCCUGUACAUCAUGGGAGGCAAUACAGAUUCUAGGGGGAACACUACUAUGUGUGGAGAAUUCAACUUUGCCGCAGACCCUGAAGCAGCAUAUAUUGUACUGAAUGACUAUCUGUGCCCAACUUACAUCGCUUGUUGGGAGUUUACAUGUCUCAGCAAAUUGUCCUGGGAAUUCUGUGAUGUCUGGCUGGCUCAGGACACUGAUAAAGCUCGGUUCAUGAAGAAGAUCUUUCAGCACAGCAUCGACAUGUGCAACAGUGAGAGGAUUGAAAAAGAGCUAGUAUCAGGAACAGGAUUGAUUUCUUGUGAUUCUUAUGCCAUGGCAGCUGCAGUCGAUGACAUGUUCAUCAUCGAGAGUGACCACAAAGCUGUGACUGUAGAACUGACUGGUAAACAUACCAGGGGAAUGAUGGUGGUAGAUCACCUAGAUCUUCUGGAGAAGACUCAUAAAGUUCACAUUAUGAAGAAGGUGGAUUUAGAAAGAUUUAAGAAGCUAAUGAUGAAUGCUUUGAAAUGAAAAUUUGAUCAGGGAUCAGAAGUGAGAUUGUUUUAGCUGAAACAGAUCGUGUGCUUCUUUCUUAAAAAAAAAAAGCUAUUCUUUUUUUUAAAACAUGAACAAAGUUUGUAAUGUUUUUUUGUUUGUUAGUAUGAAUGGACAGCAGGCUUUGAUUAAGUUUUUAAUUUUACAAAAUGUAUUAAAUUUUCUAAUUUUACAAUAACAAUUGUCUGUGAUGUAACAGGGAAUCUAUGAAAAAUGUAUCCCCAGCAAUGAAAUCUGUAACUGUAAUUACCUCAGUAGUUAUUAAAAAACAAUAUAAAUUUCA